ACAACAGUGGACCUGUCACGAACAUGAUGUAUGAACUAUGCUUUACUUAAAUCUUGCAUCGAAUCUUGAUGAACCAAUUAUUCAGUCUGGUUUCUGACAUUUGGGUGAGUUCAUGCACACCAGUAGCCGGCUGGAGGUCAUUUUGUUGGGAUCUGGCAGUGCUCCAUUCUGUUCCUCCACACAGAAAGGAGCAGAUACCGGUCCUGCUGCAGGGUUGAUGCCCUUCUAUGGCCCUGUCCAGCUCUCCUUGUGUAACAGCAGAUCUCCUCCUCCAUAAUCUUGAGUCUGUGCUGGGAGACACAGCAAACCUUCUUGUAAGGGCACAUAUGGACGUGCCAUCCUGAAGGAUCUGGACUAUCUGUGCAACCAAAAAAUUCGAGCAGGAACAGAGGUCAAGAUUUCAGUUUGUGCAGAUGAUUGCAGAUAGGGCAUCCAGACCCCAAAACAUAGAGACCCUGCAGCGUGUUGGGGUGAUGUCCUCACUGCAUCUCCUCAUACAGGAAGUGAGCCCUGGCAUCCAGCAGACUGCAGCCUUGGCUCUUGGCCGCCUGGCCGACCACAGCAUUGACCUGGCGAAGGUCAUCGUGACAGAAGACAUCCUGCCUCAACUGGUCCAUUCUUUUCCCUCGAAGAACAGGUUCUAUAAGAAGGCAGCAGCGUUUGUGUUUCGUGCUGUAGCCAAACACUCCCCUGACCUGGCCCAGGCUGUGGUGGCCUGUGGGGGUGUGGAUGCCAUGUUCCUCUGCCUGGAAGAUUUUGACCCCGGGGUGAAGGAGGCCGCAGCCUGGGCUCUGGGUAGUGUCGCCCAACACAAUGAGCUGUUGGCUCAGUCUGUGGUGGAUGUGGGUGCGGUCCCUCUGCUGCUGCUCUGUCUCCGGGAACCAGAGAUGGCUCUUAAACGCAUGGCGGCCUCCACCCUCAGCGACAUCUGCAAACACACGCCGGAGCUGGCGCAGGCGGUGGUGGACACCGGUGCCGUGGCGCAAUUGGCUCUGAUGAUCCGCUACCGGGACGCAAAACUGAAGAGGCAGGUGUUCUCAGCRCUCAGUCAGAUCAGCAAGCACUCUGUCGCCCUGGCAGAGAUGGUGAUCGAGGCAGAGAUCUUCCCUGCAGCCCUGGCCUGCCUCCGAGAUCCAGAUGAGUAUGUGAGGAAGAACGUCACCACUCUGAUGAGGGAGGUGGUGAAGCACUCACCAGAGCUGUCCCAGGUGAUUGUGAACUGUGGUGGCAUGUCAUCAGUCAUCGAUUCUCUGGGUGAAUGCCAAGGAAGCCUGCGGCUGCCGGGGAUCAUGAUGCUGGGAUACAUCGCUGCUCAAAAUGAGAACCUCGCCAUGGGCAUCAUUCUCUCCAAGGGGGUGCAACAGCUGGCCCUGUGUCUGUCUGAGGAGCGUGAGCAACACAUCAAGGCAGCCAUGGCCUGGUCCAUCGGCCAGAUUGGGCACCACACGCCAGAGCAUGCGAACGCCGUGGCCAAGGAGAAACUGCUGCCCAGCCUGCUGCAGCUCUACAUGGAGGCCAGCAGCUCAGAGGACCUACAGGUCAAAAGUAAGAAGGCUCUGAAGAGCAUCCUGCAGAAGUGCACCUACCUGCCUGCUCUGGAGCCCCUCCUCUACGAUGCUCCCAGCAACAUCCUCAAACAUGUUGCGUGCCAGUUCAGCAAAGUGCUGCCUCAUGACAGUAAGGCCCGACGUUUGUUUGUGACCAGCGGAGGUCUGAAGAAGGUGCAGGAGAUCGACGCUGAGCAGGGCUCUCCACUGCAGGAGUACAUCAACGCCAUCAACAGCUGUUUCCCAGAAGAGAUAGUCAGGUACUGCACCCCUGGCUACUCAGAUGUCUUGUUGGAGAAGGUAGAGAACUACCAGCUUGCCACACAUCAAAGGAUGUAGCCUUCACAGUUCAUUUGAUGU